CUUUAUUCACUUGCUAAUAGAUUUCAAGUACUUUUAAUUUCAGAAUGAACCUUAAUUAAAAAAGUUUAAUUAUGAUUAAUGAAAUGAAAUAAUCAAUAGAAAGGGAUAAACAACUCCCUCAGUGAUGGGCAAAUAAGAAUGGAAACAAGCAAUUCCACCAGGUUACAGAAAAAUUAUUUAUCAUGUCAGAAAACUGACAAAAGAAAUUUCAGAAGAUAAGAAUGUAUUGACGUCCGAGAAUCCUUAUCCAUAACUCUAAGACCCACGACCAUAACAAUAGAAUUUUCUGUCUGGUUGAAGAGUUGAAGAAAUGUUGGCUAUUUUCCACAAGGCAUUUGCUCACCCUCCCGAGGAGCUGAAUAGUCCAGCUUCUCACAAAUCUUCCAAAAAGCCUAAGCUUCCUGAUGAAACCCUGAAUGAGUUCCUUUCUCAUCACCCUCAUAACACUUUUUCCAUGAGCUUUGGCGAUGCUGCUGUUCUUGCUUAUGUUCGCCCUGAAAACCCUUAUUUAGUUCAUCAAAGGUUAUUUUGUGGAUUUGAUGAUAUAUACUGCGUCUUCCUGGGGAGCUUGAACAAUCUUUAUAUGCUGAAUAGACAAUAUGGUCUGUCAAAAGGGAGCAACGAGGCUAUGUUUGUGAUUGAAGCAUAUAGGACCUUGAGGGAUAGGGGUCCAUACCCUGCUGAUCAGGUUGUUAAGGAUCUUGAUGGAAGCUUUGCUUUUGUUAUCUAUGACAGAAAGGCUGGAACUGUCUUUGCUGCACUGGGUUCUGAUGGUGGGGUUAAGCUAUACUGGGGAAUUGCAGCUGAUGGCUCAGUUGUCAUAUCUGAUGAUUUGGAGGUCAUCAAAGAAGGCUGUGCCAAAUCCUUUGCUCCUUUCCCAACAGGAUUCAUGUUCCAUAGCGAGGGAGGCCUGGUGAGCUUUGAACAUCCAAUGAACAAAAUCAGAGCAAUGCCAAGAGUAGACAGUGAAGGAGUGAUUUGUGGAGCUAAUUUCAAGGUUGAUGUCUACACAAGAGUUAACAGCAUUCCACGUGUGGGAAGUGAAACAAAUUGGACUCACUGGGAUUCACAUUAAUCAACACACCUAACCAAAACAAGGUUGCUUUGAAAUUUGUUCUCCAGACAUGAUCAAAGCUGAAACAAACACUAGGAUUUCUUCUAGUUUUGUGUUCUUUCCAAGUUCUUGAAUUUUUUGUACUUUUCUUGCUAGGUUUUUUUUUUUUUUUUUU